UCGUUGUCUUCCCCUUCGAGCGUGCAGCCACCACAGAGCGAGAGCAAGGGAGAGAGAGAGUCUUCAACGGUUCCCUUCCGCCUCCGAGCACCGACCUCCGCCGCCGACGAUGGCCAACCUCAGUAAUGCCGAUUCCCGCCGUGGCCUGACCGUGGAGGCCCCGCCAAACCAAAACCCCAAAGACAUUCAAGGCUCUGACAAUCCUAUACCUCUUUCUCCUCAGUGGCUUAUAUCAAAAGCUGUUGAUAGUAAGGAAUUAGGCCCUCAUCAAGACAAUAGGCUAGAUGGUGUGAAGACAUCAGGAGCCGGUGACGACCUAACUAACACUGGGAAGAAAAAGUAUGUCUUCCGACCAAUCUUGCAUGACUCAGAUUCUGGACGCCGAGAUAACUGGCAUGAUGAAGAAAGGGAAACUAAUUCUGCCAUUCGACGAGACCGUUGGAGGGAGGGAGACAAGGAGCCUGGUGAAGCUCGCAGGAUGGAGCGCUGGUCUGAAAAUACCUCUAAGAAUUUUGGUGAUGCACGCCGUGCUCCAUCUGAAAGGUGGAAUGAUUCAGGUAACAAGGAAAGCGACCAGCGUCGUGAGAGCAAAUGGAACACACGCUGGGGUCCAGGUGAUAAGGAGUCUGAUAGCUGGCGUGAGAAGUGGUCAGACUCCAGCAAAGGUGGUAAUGGAACUUCUGAAAAAGGAGCACCUGUACCCUAUCUUAUCAGUCAUGGAAAAGACAUAAACAAUCAUGGAAAAGAGACAGAAGGAGAUGACCAUUCUUCUCGUUCUUGGAGGUCCAACUAUCUUUUGGGUCGUGGAAGGGGGGAUUCCUCUCACCAAUUACAGAUGCCUGUCAAACAGCCUAACACGUUUGGCUAUAGUAGGGUAAGAACAGAAAAUGGUAUAUCAUCUUUGCCUACUAGCCGUGGAAGGUUUAACCCUAUAAUGAGUAGUACAAACAGUGAUGCUCCACGCUUACAGCAUCUUGGUCUUUCCUAUGACAAACCUGAUGGUGCAUCUGGAGAUCUUUCAACUUUAAGAUAUACUAGGAUGAAAUUGCUUGAUAUAUACAGGACAUCUGAUGUACAAAGUCUUAGAUUGUCAAUAGGUGACUUUAUUGAAGUUCCUUCCCUAACACAAGUUGAACCCUUGGAGCCGUUAGCUUUUUUUGCUCCUACUCCUGAUGAAUCGGUUAUCAUUAAGGGAAUCGACAAAGGGGAAAUUGUGAGCAGCGGUGCUCCUCAGCUUUCCAAGGAGAGCUCAGUUGGGAAAAUUAACCCAGACACUGUCUUAUCUAGACAAAGUAAAUUAGGUAGUAGACAUGAUCUACUGACUUCUGGUGAUGGUUGUAAAGAUGAUAACGUUGACAAUACUAAAAGUGAGAAUUGUGGCCCUUUGGAGAGCCCAUCAUACGAAAAACGGUACUAUCAGCUUGGACAAUUUUCAAAGGUGGACGCAAAUUUGAAUAGCUCUUUAUUUCAGCCAAAUGAAGUAAAUGAAAAAGAGCUAGAAAGUGCUGCUAAAAUGAUUACUAAAGAAGCGACCUGGUUGGAAAGUUCAUCUCGUUAUGUUGUGCCACGAAGAUCUCAGUCAGCUGGGGACCAUAUACAUAGUUCUGCACAUGAUCGGAAAGAUUUUUCUUUGGGAGUUGGACCAAUGGAGUUAGAUAUGAGGUCCUUCCAUUUGCAGAAAGAUGUGGAAUCUAAGAAUAAUGUUACUGUUGCCCCUUUAUUCUACAGAGAUGGCAGUCAAUGGCAAAACACUGAAGGAAUUGGUUUUCAUUUGGAUACAAAGGGUGAUUUGUAUACUAAAAGGCAAUCAACUGAAUCUGUGAAAGAAGGCGAUCCUUUUAGUUCCAAGGAUAUGUUAAUUGCCAGGAAUUUGCAGCCCCCUUCUCCAGAAGAUCUUUCUUUAUACUACAAAGAUCCCCAAGGUCAAAUUCAGGGUCCUUUUUCUGGUGGUGAUCUUAUUGGGUGGUUUGAAGCAGGCUAUUUUGGCAUUGAUUUGCAAGUCCGUCAUGCAAGUUCUCCAGCGGAUGCACCUUUUUUGCCACUUGGGGAUGUUAUGCCUCACCUACGAAUGAAGGCAGGGCCACCUCCUGGAUUUGGUGUGGUCAAACACAGUGUUUCAUUGGAUGAAUCUCAUAAGGGAAAAAUAGUUAGUUCUAAUAGCAUUUACGCAGGCCUUGGUGAAACUAAUAUUUUUAAGACUGGACAAAGAAACAUGCAUGAUGCUGCAACUGAAGCACAAAAUCGGUUUCUGGAGUCAUUGAUGUCGGGUAACAUGAAUGGUUCACCUUCAGAUAACUUUUCUGUUAGUGCAGGUAUUCAAGAAUCUGGAGGGAGUUCUUCUAGUUGUUUGCCCUCUGUGGUUGGUGAAAAUGGGAAUGAUAUGAAUUACCUCUUGGCCCAAGCUAAAUUGUUGGAGAGGCAAAGGUUAUCACUGAAUCCUCUUUCAUAUUGGUCUGGGGGUGAUGCAUCAUCAAUGGCUUCGAAAACAAAUAUGAUCUCAGAUUCCUCUGUAGCACAUGCUAAGCUCUUGCCUUCAGCUGGGGACUCGUCCCCCCAGAUUCUUCAGUCUCCUCAGCAUGUUGACUUGUUGUCUCUCCUCCAUGCUGGAGCAGAUAAACCUCCUUCACAGUCUGCUAAUUCUGCUGUAUCUUCUCAUUCAAACUUUGCAAAUACUCCAACUGUAAACAAUCCUAUUCGUGGCGGUGUUGAAUAUCCAUCUGAUGUGGUAAGCAUGCAUUACAAUCAACAUAUGCCUAACCAGAUCAGGUUAGGAGUUCAACGGCAGGUUUUGCAAUCAGCUAAUCAGCCACCGUUGCCUCAAUUAUUCACGACACAUGGUGAUCUUUCUUCUUGCUUAGUCCCACCUGAUAAAAUGCUUUCUUCUGAGAUAAACCAGGAUCCUCGUUUGCCAAGUCUAUUGCAACAACAAUAUCUAUUGUCGCAGCUUCAGUUGCAUUCUCAGACUCCUGCUGCUCAACUGCCUUUGCUGGAAAAGUUUAUGUUUCUUCAGCAGCAGCAAAAGCAAGAGCAGCAGCAACAUAUUUUAUCGAAGGUCCUAUCUGGUCAUCAAUCUCAUCAACAGUUUGGUGAUCCUUCUUAUGGACAAGCACCUGCUGUGAUGCCAGCACACAAUUCUGCUAUGGACCAUCUUGUGCUUCAGAGAGCACAUGAGCCACUUAAAAUUAAUCAGCAGAUGCCCCUUGCGUAUGAACGUACUGGACAACUAUCUUAUCAGCCAAAUUUAAAUUUACAAGGCACACUAGAUGUCAGUUCAGUAAGUUCUGGACCUCUGCACUUGCCACAUCAGAUCAUUGACCAAACAGCUGAAGCAUCAGAUGCCCAAUUUUCACUGGAAAAUGAUGAUAGUGUUGAUCCUGCUACUGUAACAAAGCCAGUGAUGGCAGAUAGUUCAACUUUCUCAGAGGCUAUGGAGAGGUCUGUUAGUUUGACUUUUUCAGAGGCUAUGGAGAAGCCUGAGGAAGUGAUUUUUGAUACCCAAAAGAUUAGUCAAAGCUUGGGUGAUGUUGGAGCAGUCCAUAAACCACCACUGAUAUCCCAGGAUCAAGUGCUGGCACAAUUUGGUUCUGAUUCUCCGAAUGAUCUACAACCUGUUGAGGACAGUCGGACAUCUCAUGAUUGUGUAUCAUCAAUCUCUGAUCAACUACAUGAUACUAACAUUUCUUCAGUAGAUUUUACUGACGGAUGCCAUACUGAACUGACUUCUAAUAAAGAAGAGGUUGCAGAAGCACAAGAAGUAAAAAAAGCUUCUGAAAAGAAAUCAAAAAAACAAAAGAAAUCCAAGACAAAGAUAUCUUCAGAUCCUGGGAAAAUUGUUUCUGGCCAGAAAUCAAGUACAGGCAUUGGAAUCGUUGGUCCAGUUGCCGAUGUAUCUAAAUCUGAAGUGCAAACACAUACUGAUGAGUCUCUCUAUGGGCCUUCCUUUGGGACAGGAGGUGAAGUUUCUUUUGCAUCCUCCACUGAACCUUCCGAAUCUCAGGGAUCACAUAUAUCAUCCUCAGUGAAUCUACUGACUUGUGAAUCUUUAAGUGGAGGAGAAGCCGAAUCUGGAGCAGUUGGGACAUUGACAUCCAAUCCAAAGGCAACCUUGUCUCAAUGGGCAUGGAAAUCCACUCCAGGGCUCAAGCCUAAAUCACUUUUGGAGAUACAACAGGAGGAACAGCUGAGGGCUCAGAGAGAAACAUCACAUUCCGAAAUUGUUGCAACAGCUACGUCUGCUAGAAUCUUGUCAGUCCCUUGGGCAGGAUUAGUGACGAAUUUGGAGAGUAAAUCAAGUCAUGAUACUAUCCAAGCUGCAACAAGUACUCUCCUAGUCAACUCUGAAAAUACACUGAAGUCAAAAAACAGUAAAAGUCAGUUGCAUGAUUUAUUGGCUGAAGAAGUUUUGGCCAAGUCAAAUAAAGAAGAUAUAGAGCCUUUGGCUAAUAAUGCUCAGGAUUCACUUCUGCAGUCCCCAUCAAUAACUGAGGCCCAUGUUGAUACAUCUACUAUUAAUGAUGAUGAUUUUGUUGAGGCGAAAGACACUAGAAAAGCCCGCAAAAAGGCAUCAAAGUCAAAAGCUUCUGUAGUUAAGAUCCCACAGUCAGUCGUCUCAUCUGAAUUGUCUGCAGCUCCAUCUCCUAUUGAAAAAGCUAAAAGUACACGCCAAGCGCAACAAGAUAAAGAUUAUUUACCUGCUCCACCCACAGGUCCAUCAUUAGGGGAUUUUGUUCUUUGGAAGGGGGAUCAAGCAACCUCUGUACCUCCUCCGGCUUGGUCUGGUGACUCUGGGAAGCCUCAGAGGCCAAUGCCACUGAGAGAUAUUCAGAUGGAACAAGAGAAGAGGUCAGGAACCUUGCAGCAGCAAGUUCCAAUUCCAACUCCUGUGAAGCAACAACCAAGCCAUAUUAGUCGUGGAAGUGGGACUUCUAGGCAGUUAUUUGGAUCAUCUCCAUCCAACACUGCAUCAUCCAUUAAGCUCAUUUCACAAGUUCCAGCUCCGAAAUCUAGAGAUGAAGAUGAUCUGUUUUGGGGGCCUCUUGAUCAAACCAAACCAAAUCCCAAAAGGUAUGUACUUUGGAAUGGUUUUCCAAAGUUCAUUUCUGUUGCAUGUUAUUCUUUCACUUGCCAUGCCACAAGUUAUUUUGUUGAUUUUGCUGACAUUUUUUUCCCUGUUCUCGUCUCUUAUAGUAUGACUGGUUUCAUAGGUUUCCUUCCAUUAUAUUCAUCUGGUUGUGCUUGUUUGCUACAAAUAUUUUAUUAAUUGGUCUAUUCGGCCAAGUUUUAGGAAUUUUUUACUGUUCAUAUUUUAGUUCUAUCAAGGUUAUAAAUCUGUAUGAUCAGAUUUGUCACUUGUUAUGUCUUCCGACCAAAAACUUCAUCUGGAAUUGGUUAAUUUGAAGAUUCUUAAUGUAAACAUUGGCUCGUCAUAGUAUCAAUUGAGAUCACCUCACAGAACUGUCAGCAUGGCUGCUUCUUUUUUAUGUUUGCACAAAAUUUUUUGUUAUUAUGUAUUCCACAUGUUGCUUAUUUUUCAGUGAUCUUUUUAGAAUACCUUGUUGUUAGUAUGCCUUAUUGUUAACAUCCCUUUCUAGAAGGUGUUGUAUGUGUGGAUGGUCAAAUAUAGCAUGAAGAAAUGUUUUUUACCUUAAGCUGUUAACUUACUAGGAACUGUUUCUGGCAGCUUAUGCAUACCUUAUUAAUCGUGGUAUUAAGCUUCAAUGAAAUUCUUAUGUUGUUUCUGUUCCCUGAUUCAUUCUACUGUUGGAAAAUUGCUACUCAUUUUAUAUGUUUUUGGCCUUAAUAAGGUCCUCUUAUUCAAGUAUACUGGGGCUUUGCAACAACUGUUGGUUUAGGCAAAGAGCUGUCUGAUAGAGUUGCUUUGACCUUUGACCUUUUCACCUCAGUGAAUGUGAAUAACAUCUGCAUGAGCACUAGAGCAGCCUCUUUUUUACAGAAAUAAUAUUUUUUUCCUGAUCAAGCAGUAGGAAAAUCUAAUGUUCCGAAGAGCUAAUUGUACAUGCCAUUUUAUUGGUUGAAUCUCUAUUUAAGGUGGCCUACCCAUCGCUACUGUUUUCCUCUAUAAGUAUAACCUUGAAUUUUGAAGCUGUUAGUUUUUUUCUUUUCCUUCCAAAUGUGUUUUGCUGCUGGUACUUGUUACUUGUUUUUGCUAUGACAUAUAUAGAAAUUUUCUAGUGGCUUA